AUGCUCUCCCAGCUGCAGGCAGCGCAGGCCAGAGCAGCACGCCUGGAGCAGUGCCCGGCCGAGCGCUCCAUCGUCAGCCGGCAGGAAGCCCGCAUCCGUGACCUGGAGAGCCAGCUGGACUUCCAGGCUGUGCAGAUGAAGCGCUUUGAGGUGCUGGUGCUGCGCUUGCGAGACAGCAUCAUAAAGAUGGGUGAGGAGCUGGAGAAGGCGGCCGAGUCAGAGGCACGGGAGAAGGAGAGCACCAGGUACUACCAGAGGAGGAUGGAGGAGAUGAAGGCGGACAUGGAUGAGCUGGUGCAGAGGGAGCUGGAGUCCAGCCGCCGGCGCGUAGAGCUGGAGCAACAGCUGGCGGAGCUGGCGGCGGUGCGGCAGGCCCUGCAGGCUGACCUGGGGACCUCCAUCCGGCGCAUCGCCGACCUGCACGUGGCACUGGAGGAGCUGCGGUCCAGCGACGAGAGUGAUGCUGAGAGCCUGCAGACGACGCGGGAGUCGCUCUGCUCCAGGAGGGAGACGGAUGCCUGCUCCAGCGUCAGCUCCACGCUCGGUCUGGAGCCUGCAGAGAGCAUCAAGUCCUGGCCGGGGUCAUCCACGGGCUGGUCUUCCCCUGCGGGUACCAGCGUGGCUGGGAGCCUCUCAGCGCAGUCCGUUGGCAGCCGUGGCACCCAGGGCUCCAGGGUGAGCAGAGACACCAAGGAACCGGCAACGAGCUGGCCGGCUUCUUCCCUGAGCACUGCCAGGUCCAUCGAAGCUGCGGAUCUGGGCAGGGUGGUGAGUCCCUUGCUCGGUGCCAGAAGACGGGAGUAUGUAAAACCUCUGGCAGACGAAGAGGAGCUGGAGAGCCUGAAAAAACCUGUGGAUAGGAUAGGAGACACGUCCCCAUCGGUGCUGCGGCGGGGGGGCUCACCUGCCACGGACGGGAGGUUCCCCAGCCCGUUGUCUCCGACGGUGCCAAGGAGGAGACGGCUCUCUCCAGCGACAGCGCCUGUGCCCAGCUCAUCGGUUGCCCUGUCUGAGUAUGUGGAGGAGCUGCGGCGGCAGCGGGGAGCGGAGCGGGAGCAAGGGCGCGCGGCGCUGGGCGACACCUCUCCCCUCCCCAUUUACCGCACCACUGGUGCUGCAGCCCUGCGACGCUCCAGGGUUUUCCCAGUGGCGGAGUCGUCCGUAGGGAAGCUAGAUGGGAAUGACCCAGGGGAAGGCGAAGGAGCAGGCGCCAGCCUCGUGCGCUCCUCCAGCCUGCGGAGCAUGGCCUCAGAACCAGCGGAGCCGUCACGCUCUCCGGCGCUGAAAAGAGCAUCAAAGUUCGGCUCCUAUGACUCCCUCCUGCAAACCCUCGACGGCUCCGGCCACCGGCCCAGCUCUCCGGCUGUGGGGAUGGAGGUGCUGGGCACGCUGCGGCCGAGCUCCUGGAGAAGCUGCUUGGAGCCAUCACUGGAAGAUGCGGAGGUGGGAAGGGGCUCUGGGGGGCUCCUGAGCUCAGCAUCCAGCGACGGGCUGGGCGAGGGGAAGGGCAGCGACCCCUUCAGCUGGCGAAUACCAACCCUCAACUACGAGAGGAGAACCAAUGUUGACUUCGAUGACUUCCUCCCAGCCAUUC